CGAUGAGGGAGACUGAGAUGUGCUCCUUUCUUAUCACGAUUCACAUCGAGCUCCAAGCAGCUGAGGAGGAUGCUGAACGGAGCCAUUUGAAGCUCGGAUCAGCUCCUUUAAUUGCUCGUUUUUCAUUUUUAUUUAUUUGAUUUUUUUUUUUUUUUUUUUUUUAAAUACACAUCUCUAUACACAUUUUUUUCCCAUUAAAUAUCAUUAUUUUUUUUUAUAUCAUUUAAACCCAUUUGAAAACAAAUAAAUGAAAAUAAAUUGGGACACUAUGAAAGCCAGUGCGUUUCGGGUGCAUUCCUGCUGUUGGCUGGGACUAUGAUUUCUCAACGCUUCCAGCUUUGUUCUCAUGACAGACUUGCGCUCAUUCAGUCUCACCAGAGCAGCAGAGAGCGGUGAUCCGUCGUUAACUUUCUUGAGCAUCUUCGACGAUUCCAGUUGCAGCAGGUACUUCUUGGACUUGAGCGGCUGUCCUCCUGUGUGUAGGUGUUGAAGCAGCCAUGUGGAGCGGAGGGAGCGCUUCUUCACUCCUCGUCUGCCUGCUGGCGCUCACAGCUCUCUGGAAAACCAGAUCAGUGAAUGCCGACGCCACAUCUGAUGCCUUCAAAACCAACAUCACCCUGUUCACACGCAUCCUGGACAGACUGCUGGAUGGAUAUGACAACCGCCUACGACCAGGUCUCGGGGACAGGGUAACCGAGGUGAAGACAAACAUCUACGUCACCAGCUUCGGUCCAGUUUCAGACACAGACAUGGAGUACACCAUAGAUGUUUUCUUCCGGCAAAGCUGGAAAGACGAGAGGUUGAAAUUCCACGGGCCGAUGAACAUUUUGCCCCUCAACAACCUGAUGGCGAGUAAGAUCUGGACUCCGGACACCUUCUUCCACAAUGGGAAAAAGUCCGUGGCCCAUAACAUGACCAUGCCCAAUAAACUGCUGAGGAUCAAGGAUGACGGGACACUGCUGUACACCAUGAGGUUAACCGUGCAUGCAGAGUGCCCGAUGCAUCUGGAGGAUUUCCCCAUGGACUUUCAUUCCUGUCCGCUGAAAUUUGGCAGCUAUGCCUAUACAAUCUCGGAAGUGACUUAUGCUUGGACCCUAAAUGCCUCGGACUCGGUUGUGGUGGAAGGAGAAAGCUCUCGUCUCAACCAGUACGACCUGCUUGGGCAAACGGUCGGACAAGAGACUAUCAAAUCCAGUACAGGUGAAUACACUGUGAUGACGGCUCAUUUCCAUCUGAAGCGGAAGAUCGGCUACUUUGUCAUCCAGACGUACCUCCCGUGCAUCAUGACCGUCAUUCUUUCCCAAGUGUCUUUCUGGCUGAAUCGAGAAUCAGUGCCGGCUAGGACUGUGUUUGGUGUAACCACUGUUCUCACAAUGACAACACUGAGUAUAAGUGCGAGGAACUCCCUACCCAAAGUUGCCUACGCGACCGCCAUGGACUGGUUCAUCGCCGUCUGCUACGCCUUCGUCUUCUCUGCUUUGAUCGAGUUUGCCACCGUCAAUUACUUCACUAAGCGCGGCUGGGCUUGGGAUGGAAAGAGUGUCGUGAAUGAGAAGAAAAAAGAGAGGGCUUCCGUUGUCAAGAAGAACAAUGCCUACGCUGUAGCAGUGGCUAACUACGCGCCGAAUAUCACCAAGGAUCCCAGCACGCUUCCAACCAUAGCCAAAGGUGGAGCUACGGAUCCCAACAAGCCCAAAGCAGACGGCAAAGCCCCAGAGAGCAAGAAGACAUUCAACAGCGUUAGCAAAAUUGACAGGAUGUCACGGGUUUUGUUUCCGGUUCUCUUUGGCACCUUCAACCUUGUCUACUGGGCCACCUACCUAAACAGAGAACCUGUUAUAAAGGAUAUGGUCCCCUCUAAUUAGAGACCAGUUUUUGAUGGCUUCUGGUCUGGGGACUGAGAUGAACCAAAUACCUCCAGCAACAAUGUACACAUACCUUUGCAGAGUGAAGUCCCGGACUGCAGUGUGAUCCUCUAUCUCCGCCUGUUUUCUACACUGUCUGCAGCACUUUUGAAAAGCCUGGCUUUUGUAAAUGUGUAUGUAUAUUUAUAUUCAUGGUUUCAUGGUGACAUAUUGUGUGAUUACUUUGGUUAGAGUGCAUAUUUCCUUGAAAGUAUGUUUCCAGUUAGAGUACGUGGCCACUGUACAUACAAAUCAGAUGAAGAGUAAACACAUAAGCAUAAACAUGUGCAUUUUCUUUAAGAUUACUUCUAAGUGUGUUGAAUUUUUCUGGUAACGCCCACUUUCUUGGUAUCACAGUGUACGUGUUUUUUUUGAAUGAAAGAGACUGAUUAUCUCAUUUUUCUUUUGUCUUCUUGUCAUAUAAGAGUGGCCUGACUCUUUUUCUUUCCGUCCAAGCCAAUGCAAAAACGCACUUGUAUAAUAUUCUUACAGUGUAAAACUCGUUUUAUUCUGCGACUACAGGUAUGGGGCUGCAGUUAAACACCGAUCUUGAGAAUUACUGAAACAUUCCAAGUCAGAAAUGCUGUGAAUAGAAAUAGCUACAAAACUGUGCAUGUGAUACCUCACGUAUCGCUUGAGAUUACGAUACAGGAUCACAAAAUGGAAAGUCUGCAGGUUUAAAGGUUGUUCAAGUGUAGCAUGGUAGCAAAAUGUGAUCAUUUGGUUAUGACUAAAAUCCCUGGAACCCGAGUUGUGUAGAAGAAUAGUGGCAGUGGGUUUAAAUAAUGCCUUAUACGGUGAAGUCUUGUUACUUGUCACAACGUCUGACAUUUCAAUAUUUUUUUUUUUAGCUCUGUUUUGAAUCUCCUUAUCUAAUCUCCAUUCCUAAUGGGGGCUUCUUUGCGGCUAGCUUGUUGCUAGCUUUAUGCUGUAUAAGUUCCAUAGAUGAGGUUAAUGAAUGCAAACAACACGUUAAACGGACUCACACAUUAAACCAAGAGGCUGAAACACAGACUAGUGGGUUUGUCGUCACAACUGACAGCUUUCAUGUCAAAUACUGUAAAUCAGGGGUCGUCAACAUUUUUCAGGCCAAGGACCCCAAACACCUACUAUAUUUGUUCUAUAUUAAAUUAUAUUAUAGAUUAUUAUCAUUUUGCCAUCAAUAUUAAGCUACUCAGAUGACAUACCCAUAUAUACCUUGCACAGUUAGCUUCUCUUCUGCUAAUUUUGCAGUGUGCUUCUGGGAUUUCAACUGGGGACUGAAUAGGAUCUCGGCGGGGAACCUGACACAAUCAGUGUAAUAUGCAGCCUUGUGAUUGGCUCAGUAGCGUACAGGAGGCUUAGAUUGACAGGUCUCAGCUAAUACAGCGCUUUGGGUGAAAUGCUGUAUCGCUGAAUGAGUGAAGUGCUGACUGAAAGAUAUCGCUUUCUGCCUCCAUUUAUCUCUUUACCAAAAUAUAUUGGAUUCGUGUUAAUGUGUAUUUAAAGAAAUUUUAAUUUGUGGGGGAAAUUUUGAAAAAAAAUAUAUAUAUAAAAAAUGUCUAUUCAACCAAAGAUUUUGCGACCCUCCCUGCAGUACCUUCACGGAACCCCUAGGGGUCGCGGACCCCCUAUUGAAGACCUAUGCUGUAAAUCAUUCUGCAUUUGGAAAAAAUAGGUUUAAAGCUAUAGACAAGCAAACUGGAAGUACCAAAACAGAAAUUAAAAGAAAGAUACGCCACUAUACUGACAAACUACAAUUAUUUGUCAGUGAGGUUAAAGUCCAAAUAACUUCACAUCUUGGUCUUUGCUGUUGUUUGCUGGCGUGUAAAUGCACACAAAGCUCAGUCUUUUCAUACACCUGAUGUUGCAGCUUGUUUGAUACGUGUAGUAAUUCUGGAGGACAGCGCUGACUUGUCGAUGUUGACUAGAGCGCCGUGGCACCAAUCAUCUUGCCUGCACUUCAGAUUUGUGCUCAUUAUCCGGAGCUGGCUAUUUCCAACACAUUUCAGGAUCCCAUUGAAAUAAUAGCAGGUUUGAAAGAGAUAGAAUUGUAAACACAGGCCUGCUCUGUGCCAAUAUGAACUUCAAAUGAAUCAUGUGUUGAAGUUCUUUUUAAUUUUCACAUUCCUGUGCCAGCAAGCCUUUUGUGUAGUAGACUAAAGUAAGAGGACACGGCCAGGAUUUGUGCCUAAAUGAGUACUUUUUAAUCCAGUCGCGGGGUUUUUAUCUCAUUUUCAAAUGCACAUUUAUUGAUGUUUACACUCAGAUCUGAUAGACUUUAAACCAGAAGCCAUAUGCAGUCGUCAUCCCAGUUCCAUCUGCAACCGUGGAUUGUGUUUCAUGAGCAUUUUUAAGUUAGACUCCCUGGAUUAGUAACUCUUUUUCUGUUGCUUUACCACAAAUCUGAGCCAUGAUUGCUGCAUAUCGUGUUAGAAAAACAAAUACAAAAAACACAUUCAGCCCCAUAUCAGCAGUCACCUUCUACUCUACUGUGUUGCUCUUUUGCUCUCACAAAGUUAUAUAGGUUUUUCUUCACACCUAUAUUAUGAUUUAACUUUGUUUGUAAGUCUGUUUGUUGGAUCGGACUUUGCAUGGAGACAAAAUCUAGGAUUUUUACGAUUUAUUUUUCUUAUGUUGUCAGAUAUAAUUCAUAUUUUCUCCUGAUAGAUUCUUAAACAUUCCAGAAACGAUGAUUGUUCACAAGGUGGAUGCUUGACUCAGUGCACAGUUUCUAAUAAAAACACGUGAUUUCGGUU